AUGUCGCAACUCGGUUUAGCCAACACAAUCACGACUGCAACCGGCAUCCUUGGGUGUGCCUGGUAUGCUGGCGUAACGGCAUCGUUAUCCAUUUUCAGCGUCCCCGCCAUCCUCCAAACCGGCUCGGAGCCAGCCCAUGCACUGAGGCUGUGGCAACACCUCUUUCUGACCGGCCACUCGACCGGCCCCAAAGUAGCGCUCGUUACCUUUCUGUCAUUGGCCUACUCGGCGUAUGACCGUUUCCACCAGAGUGUCGCGUGGAAGCCGUACGCCGCCGCCGGAGCCCUGAGCCUCGCCAUCGUGCCCUUCACCCUCACCGUCAUGUCGUCGACGAACAACGCACUCUUGGCUGGUGCGCAGGGCGCCAGUACGCUUGGGCUGUCCGAGACCACAGAGCUGCUGACGAGGUGGCGGGCGCUCAACGUCGUCAGGAGCUUCAUCUCUCUCGCCGCCGCCGCCGUCGGGUUUUGGUAUGCGGCUUUUCAAUAA